UUUAUUAAACGCCUAAUAAAAUAUUGAGAGAUUAAUUUCUGAAACCCAAAAAUGACCCAAUAUGGUUGAGCAAUGAACAUUAUUUGCAUCCAUUGAAAAAAUGAGUGAUCAAAACCCAAGCUCAGAAGGAGAGAGACUAGUAAUCUGUAUAGGUGACAUCCAUGGAUACUACUCAAAACUCGAAAACCUUUGGUCAAAUCUCCAAUCCCAAACAAACCCAUCUCAAUUCAACAACGCCACAAUCAUUUUCUUGGGAGAUUAUUGCGAUAGAGGUCCUGACACCAGAAGGGUAAUCGAUUUCCUGCUUUCUCUCUCCUCAAAAUACCCAAAUCAGAAGCACGUGUUCCUCGCCGGCAACCAUGAUUUCGCCUUUGCGGCGUUCGUCGGAGCUCUUCCGCCUCCGCCAGACGGGUCGGAGUUCAGGGAGGGGUGGAGCGAGUAUGCGCAGAGCGAGGAGAGAGAAGGGUGGUAUGAUGGUGAUGGGUUUAAGAGUAUGCAUUUGCAAGGGAGGAGGUGGGCUGGUUUGAUUAAGGUUAAGUUUAAUACGGUUAAGGGAAUUGAUUAUAAAGGUUCUAUUUAUGAUGCUGCGCCUACUUUUGAAUCUUAUGGAGUUUCUCAUGGGUCUGCUGAUUUGAUGAAAGCAGUGCCUGAUGACCACAAGAAGUUUCUGGCUGAUUUGGUUUGGGUACAUGAAGAGGACAAUAUUUCUUUGGAGACUGCGGAAGGGCUCAAGAAGUGUAGGCUGAUAGCAGUACAUGGUGGACUUCAACAAGGAAAACCUGUCGACGAGCAGCUGAAGCUCCUGAAAGCAAAGGACACAUCUAUAUCAAAGGUUGAAUGUCUAAGUGGGAGGAAAAGUGUUUGGGAUAUUCCAGAGGAAUUAAAAGAAUAUUCAACCAUUGUGGUAAGCGGUCACCAUGGAAAGCUUCAUAUUGAUGGCCUGAGGCUGAUAAUUGACGAAGGUGGUGGCUAUGAGCACAUGCCGGUGGCUGCCAUGAUCCUGCCAUCCAUGAAACUUGUCCGUGACAUUGAUUGUGCAUGAGCACGAUCAAAGAUUUUUUCCUUUGCCACCAUUGGUUCAAUUUUAUGAUGAGAUAGUCUUUCAUUAUCUCUUGUUCAUGUCCUUUUACUUUUUUUUUUUACUUGAGAGCUCAAUUAUUCCAUUCCACCUUAUAUUGAAUCUGUUUAUGUAAUGUCCUAAAACAAAACCUAAACACCUAACGUAAUUCAUAUGAGUGUUGGUUUACUAACACCCAGGGAUUAACUAAAAUUUACUUAUGUAAUCGAUGGAUUAAUAACCAGUGGAAAGAGAAAAUUUUAUCUUCA